AAAUGAGAUGAACGUGCUGGUCAGCUUGAAACCUGGCGGCAGCGCAUCAGACUACCGCAUCUCAGGCAUCAUCGACUUCGGAGACAUCCAGUACUCAUACUACGUGUUUGAGCUGGCCAUCACUAUGACGUACAUGAUGCUGCUGACUGGGGACCUGAAGUCUGGCGGUAUUGUCCUGGCCGGGUACACUGUGAACAGGAGAUUGCUUGAUGAUGAAUAUAGGCUCCUGAAGACUCUCAUCUCUGCGCGUCUAGUCCAGAGUUUGAUUCUCGGCGCGUACACGAUCGAGCAAGACCCGAACAACACGUACGUCAGUUCUACUGAGAAGGCUAAUGGCUGGGAACUACUUCGCAAGCUUAGGAAGAGCAAGCCUGAUGAAGACGAUCCUACAAACUGGAAGGCCAUCGCCAAUGAAUACUUGACUAGGAGCUAAAGCUGCUGAGAUAUCUCAAACUGUCGAGAUAUCUCCAACGUUCGAGAUAUCUAAAACGUUCGAGUAACAUUGAGCAAUAAUUUGUAAAGUAUAUUUUAAAGAUUAAAUAUUAUUAUUUCUUUGUAUAUAGUAUGUUGUCAGAAUAAGGAAUAAUUUACAAAAAAAGUUGCGAUUAAUUUUCUUAUUAUUUACGUAAGUCAAUUGCGAAUAAUGCAAAGUAAUGUUGUUACUUAGUUGUUAAUAGAUAAUUAUAACAUAUAUUUUUGUAGUAUUAAUAAAGACUGUUUUAAAAUA